AUGCGUGCCACUCGAAUGUCGGUGGUGGACUUCUGGAAGAACGAGACGAAAGGUGAUGGGUUGAAUGUUCGAGUGGCGCACGGAGUGAACAGCUGGCCGGAUCUCGUGGAUCAGCUACAUGAACCCUUCCUCAACAAAUCCAUGAUGAUCGAAGGUGAUGUCUUUAUGCAAGCCCAUCGUCGUCCACGUCAUCGGGCGGUUCCAGUAAUGAAGGCGGACACGAAGAUUGCUGAUAGGAUUACUUUCAAGGAAUGGCUAAGAGAAGUGGCCACUAUGCAUAAAGCCAUCAAAAUCAACUUUCGCUCCAAUGAAGUCGUCCGUCCAGUGCUUCAGGACCUCUACGCUAGCCAGGCUGAUCCAACAUCUCCGGUACUCCAGUACCCGGUUAUACUCCAUGCAAAUGUAUUCCGGUCGCCAAGAAGUGUAGAGAUGGAAGUGGACCCAUCGACUUUUGUCGAGAAGGCAAAAGACUUGUUCCCGGACGCAACUCUUUCUUUGGGAUGGACCAAGCAGUCUAACUUUAGUCACCUGCACCCCAAAUUCAAGAAGUUGUCUUGGCGACAGUUGUUCCAUAUUCUGGAGUAUAUUAGUCGGCUCGAUCAGCCAGUUAUGCUAUCCGUCCGGUUGUCUGUGGCGGCUCACUCGAAAGAGCAACUCCUCUGGUUGCUCGGUAUGGAUCAGUCGAUUAGUUUGUUGCUGUGGAGUGAUGCGGAUGAUCAUGUAACAAACUGGACUCCAAUCAUUGAGCUGAGAAGGUCUACUACCAAGAAUCGAAUUCUCUACGAUUUGGACCCGAAGCACAGAAAAAUCUUGCAGACUGAGUCUAACGAUCCUAUUGUGACCCCACCAACAUUCUCUCUGGCAGACUGGCAAGCUGUUGAGUUCACAUCUUCUGGCUCCCAAUUGUCUACUGUAGUCAGAUCCGAAAAGGGACCUGCAUUCCUUGGAGAGCCAACCGCUCUGCUCCUCUCUAAAAUUCCACCUCCAAUGUUCCCUUCAGAGCAAAAAAUCAGUGGGAAGGUGCACUUCCUACCAAAGAAAGGAAUGGAAAAUGUGGAUCUAGAUGAGAAUAGUGGCGUGUCGAUUUAUCUGAUGGAUAAGGUGCAGGAUAUUGACUCGCCAAAGAUUAAGAACUCAUUGGAGGUAUUUAUUGGAUUCGAUGGAAAAAUAAAGAUCACAAAUGGAGAACUUAAGAAUCUACCGUACUAUGAGACAAAGUCUAUUGGUCAGCUACCAGAAAGUCCUUGUUACGGAUUUGAAGUCACUGAUUUGGGAUGGAGGGUGAAGUUAGAUGCAUGGACGACAGAGUGUGGAGAUCAGAAGGCAAGGAAGAGAAGAACGGUGUCCAUUGAGUUGGAUACGCCUUUCCAGAAAAAUCGCCACCUGCGCAACGUGGUGGUCUCCAAGAAAGGAGACUCCGCGAUGGACUUCCUCCUCGAAGAACUCCAACACAGUGGCUCCAACCGCCUCCUGACAACCACAGUUUUCUCCACAAUCCUCCUGAUGAUCUACCUUUUAUAA